AUGUCUACUUCAGCGGCUGAGCUUAGCCUGACAGCAGAUGAGCAACAUAUACAGUCGCUCACUUAUGGUUUGAUUAUUAGCUCGUCACUUCUGUCCCUGAUUGUCGUCAGCUUGAGACUUUACACAAGAGCGGUCAUUAUCAAGCUAUUUGGGUUGGAUGAUAUUGCCGUUUGCAUCGCGCUGGUUGUGACGCAAUGUUUCAACGGGCUAGGGGUUGCUGUCGUCUAUUAUGGAGAAGGCCGACACUUUGAGAACGUGUCUGCCGAAGAUCGAGCAACCUGGCUAAAGCUCUAUUAUGCGGCGAUGUGCAUCUAUCUCUACGCCUCGCUAUCGGUGAAGAUGAGCUUGCUGUUGUUCCUACGACGGAUCUUCGUAAAGUCCUGGAUUAAAUGGCUUACGGCGGGCUUGAUGGUCUUCCAAGUUCUAUUCUCGGUAUCCGGAUCUCUGGUUCUGGCUUUCCAGUGUGAUCCUCCAAGGGCUGCAUUUGACUUGACAAUCAAAAACGCGACUUGUUACUCUCAGUUCAAGCUGUUCCAAAUCGUGUUAUACCAAGCGGUGCUCAUUUUUGUCGCCGAUAUAAUCAUGCUGCUUGCGCCCGUGCCAAUUCUGUACGGCUUGCAGAUGCCAACGAGGAAAAUCGCUGCCUUGAUGGCAAUUUUCGGAACAGGUAUAAUCGCCUGUAUUGCCCCCGUCGUUCGCUUCAGCACGCUAGAUUAUCUGCGCAAAGGGACUACGGAUCUGACCUUCGAUUCAGCAUCGUCUCUAUACUGGAUGGUCAUCGAGUUCAAUCUAGGUCUCGUCGCCGGCUCUCUCUCAUCUCUGAAACCACUCCCAUUCUUCCGCCGUUUCGGGUCAAGUAUAAACUCGAAAGACACCGAAUCAACCGGCAACACACCACAUGAGCUCGGGGAAGUCAGUGCUGGUGAGAUCAAACGCAGCAGGAAAAAGGGACAUUUGGGGAUGGGGACGUCUAUACUGGAGGAAAGUGUAAACGAGAGCCAAGAGCGCAUCAUUCUUACAAAUCACAUGGGAUGA